UGAAAUUUCCUUUAAUAGUUUCCUGACUCCAGUAAUAUACACAAUCCAAGACAUAGAUUUGUUGUUUGAAUCAUUAACUCAGUCUGGACAACCGUAGAAAUGUUAUGUGUUGUAGCUGUGUACAGAAAGUCAUUUCAAAUACAGAAGGGAAGUUGCUUUCUACUGCACUGAAGAGUCCACACUGUAAACUGGAGACUCUCAGGCUGAGUGGCUGUGGUCUGUCAGAGAGAAGCUGUAAAGCUCUGUCCUCAGUUCUCAGCUCAGAGUCCUCCCGUCUGAGAGAGCUGGACCUGAGUAACAACAAUCUCACAGAUACAGGAGGGAAGCUGCUUUCUGCUGGACUCGAGCUUCCACACUGUAAACUGGAGACUCUCAGGCUGAGUGGCUGUAACCUGUCAGAGAGCAGCUGUGAAGCUCUGUCCUCAGUUCUCAGCUCCAAGUCCUUUAAUCUGAGAGAGCUGGACCUGAGUAACAACAACCUAAAGGAUUUAGGAGGAAAACUGCUUUCUACUGGAGUGAGGAGUCCACACUGUAAACUGGAGACUCUCAGGUCAGGAAUAAUAAACCUGGAAAGGGGGAACUAGAUCUUUCACACUGUUUUCAUGUUUCUUUAGACAGUUAACCACUUUAUUUUAUUAAAGUAGCUGCUAUCUAAAUAUAAGUGUGAGUAAU